AUGGCCGGCCGGGGAUGCGGCUGCGGCCCGGUCCACCUGAACGAGGACAACGCGCGCUUCGUGCUGCUGGCUGGGCUCAUCGUGCUGUACCUGGUGGGCGGCGCCGCCGUCUUCUCGGCGCUGGAGCUGGCGCACGAGCUGCAAGCCAAGCAGCGCUGGGACGAGCGCCUGGCCGACUUCAGCCGCGGCCACAACCUGAGCCGCGACGAGCUGCGCGCCUUCCUCCGCCACUACGAGGAAGCCACCAGGGCCGGCGUCCGCGUGGACCACGUCCGGCCGCGCUGGGACUUCACCGGCGCCUUCUACUUCGUGGGCACCGUCGUGUCCACCAUAGGGUUUGGCAUGACGACGCCGGCCACAGUAGGAGGGAAAAUCUUUCUGAUCUUUUACGGCCUCAUUGGCUGUGCCAGCACCAUCCUGUUCUUCAACCUCUUCCUGGAACGGCUCAUCACCGUCAUCGCCUAUGUCAUGAGGUCCUGCCACCAGCAGCAGCUGCGGAGACGCGGGGCUGUGGCUCGGGACAGCGCGGAGACCCUGGGGAAGGGGGCGGCGGGCAGCCUGGCUGGCUGGAAGCCCUCGGUGUACUGCGUCAUGCUGAUCCUGUGCUCGGCCUCCGUGGCCAUCUCCUGCGGGGCUUCGGCUCUGUACGCGGCCAUGGAGGGCUGGAGCUACUUCGACUCGCUCUACUUCUGCUUCGUGGCUUUCAGCACCAUUGGCUUCGGGGACCUCGUCAGCAGCCAAAACGCCCAGUAUGAAAGCCAAGGGCUCUACCGCUUUGCCAACUUCGUCUUUAUACUCAUGGGCGUCUGCUGUAUCUACUCCCUGUUCAACGUCAUCUCCAUCCUCAUCAAACAGACCAUGAACUGGAUCCUCAGGAAACUGGACGGCGGGUGCCAACAAUGCCAAAGAGGACUCUUGCGGUCCCGGCGGAAUGUGGUGAUGCCAGGCAAUGUCCGCAGCAGGUGCAACAUCUCCAUAGAAACAGACGGGGUGAUGGAGAGUGACACAGAUGGCCGACGUCUGUCUGGGGAGAUGAUCUCCAUGAAGAACUCCAACAAGGUCUCUCUGGCCAUCCUGCAGAAGCAGCUCUCUGAAAUGGCUAAUGGCAUGCCCCACCAGUCCACCAGUGCACAGUCCCGGGACGAUGAGUUCUCAGGUGGAGUGGGAGCCUUUGCAAUAAUGAACAACAGGUUGGCAGAGACCAGUAGUGACAGGUAGGAGGCAGGAGUGGCCCCUGGGCAUGGCGCUCAAGGGCAGGUGGAAAAUGAGGGCCUGCCAUUCAAGAGAUGUGUUCCGCUCGCCCUGGCUAUGUUCCACCUGGGAGCUAUUCUCAUUAGCUUUUGAAAUCUCACCUUAGUCCCAACCAACAACCAUCUCCCAGGGUUGGGGAACUGGACCCUCCAGGCCUGCCUCUGACUUUACUCUUGAAGUUCAGAUUCCUUCUUUUCAGAACGAAUCACAAAAUCCGCAUAAGACUUGUAUUGUCACCACCAUCCUCUUCCUCCAGAGGUUCAACUGUCUGUGGGAGACAGGUUUCACUCCAGCUUUGAUUUCCUCCUGACAGAUUUGUCACCUGUGAAGGAAAACCUGAAGAUCCCAAUUCUUCCUGGAACUGUGAAUAGCUAAAUUCAUCAUUUUACCUGGCUCCUCAAGAUAAAAGAGGAUUCCAGAAUGUGUCUGGGCCUUCUUUCUGCCCGACUUCCUUCUGCACAGAUUUGCUGUUGGUUCCAUGGAUAGGGGGGAAAAAUGUUUUUCCUGCUCCUUAUACCCCAUCUCAGGUUUUUGUUUGUUUGUUUGUUUUAUUUUCCUUCUAUUUGUAAGACAAGAGUGUUGGUCUGAAGUGUUCCUGGGUUUUCAGGUGAUAAGAAAACUUCAGGCCUUAAAGCUGUAACAGUAAGAUGAUGACACUCGGAUAGAGGAGAGUAAAGGCUCCCUUUUGUAACUGAAGAGAUAUCUUAAUGUUCUCCCUUUGAAUGGUCACAUAGACUGUCAUUUUGACCAGGACUUGGAGCUCAUUAUAGAGAUGGCAACUGACUAUUUAUUAGAACUGAAAUUUUAAUAAAUUCUCAUUUUAUUAA